GUUGCUCAGCUAGCUAUCGAAACCACAAACAGACCAGUCCGGAAUGAUGAUAGCUCUAGUGUAGCGGACUUAACUGCCUAAAAAUGAGAAACAUAAUCUUAAUAGCCCUUCUGGCCCCUUGUUGGGUCAACGGUGCCCUUAAAUCCAGAAUAACUGAGGAGGAGAGCCGCGAAGAAAGCCCGGAGCUCGAUGAUCUGAGCUCCAUGCUGUCAGAUUUUGAGGUACUGCCGGUGUCGAGCCUGCAGCUGCACUCUGUAAGGAAGAGAGACGUCCACACCCAGUCUCACUUGGAGCGGCUGGUUAGCUUUAGAGCCCUUCAAAGAAAUUUCAAGCUUUACUUGACCACCAACACAGACCUUUUCACGGAGGACUUCCGGGCUGUGUUUGUUGAUAAACACGGGAAUGAGGAAAAAUUUGAUGUCCCGCUCCAGAACUAUUUCACGGGACAUGUUGUCGGAGAAGAGAACUCUCGUGUGCAGGCACACAUAGACGGAGAUGAAUUUUCUGCUCACAUUCAAACCAAUGAAGCAGAGUACAAUGUAGAGCCCUUGUGGAGGUUUAUAGACUCUGCCAGCGAUGACAGGUUGCUGAUUUAUCGCUCUGAAGACAUCAAGAAUCUGAGCCGCAUCGCCUCUCCAAAAGUGUGCGGUUACGUCCAUGCACAGAACAAGGACCUGCUGCCUCAGUCGGCCAGGAGGGAUUGGGACGAGAAGGAGGAGAUGGACGCGAUAAAUGGGUACCACCACAGAGAGAAGAGACAGGCCCACGACCACAGGAAGAACACCUGCCCGCUGUUGCUAGUUGCAGAUUACCGCUUCUUCAAACAUAUGGGCCGUGCACAAGAGAGCGUCACUCUCAACUACCUGAUUGAGCUGAUUGAUCGUGUCGAUGACAUUUAUAGAAAUACAACCUGGAAUGAUGAAUUCAAAGGCUACGGGGUCCAGAUCCAUCAGAUUAUUAUCCACAAAGAGUGGACAAGGCCUCCUUCUGGCCGUGCUCACUCCAACUGGCGCCACUAUAAUAUGGAGAACAGUCCCAACCCAAAAAAGGAAGUCUGGGACGUGAAGAAACUUCUGGAGCAAUUCAGCUCAGACAUAGCAGACAACGCCUCCACUGUGUGUCUGGCCCACCUGUUCACCUACCAGGAUUUCGAUGAGGGCACACUGGGGCUCGCCUACGUGGCCCCCUCUAAACCUCAGGCCUUGGGGGGCCUCUGCCCCAGACCAUACUACCCAACUGCCAAUGCCAAGCCCAGUUACCUCAAUACAGGAUUGACCAGCACCAAUAACUACGGCAAAACCAUCCUAACAAAGGAGGCAGAUUUGGUGACCACUCAUGAACUGGGCCAUAAUUUUGGAGCAGAGCAUGAUCCUGACAACAUCCGUUACUGUGCUCCAAGUGAUGAUCAUGGGGGGAAGUUUGUCAUGUACCCUAUUGCUGUGAGCGGAGACCAUGUCAACAACAAGCGUUUCUCCAACUGCAGCAAGAUCUCCAUAGGAAAGACGUUACGGUUCAAGGCUCCUGUGUGCUUCAAGGAGAGGAACAGUAAGGUAUGUGGGAACUCCAGAGUGGAAAAAGGGGAGGAGUGUGACCCUGGGCUACUCCACCUCACCAAUGACCAAUGCUGCUCAUCCGACUGCAAGUUCAAACCUGGUGUUCAGUGCAGUGACAGAAACAGUCCAUGCUGUAGGAACUGCAAGUAUGAGCUGGCAGGAACAACGUGCCAGGAACCAAUCAAUGCUACCUGUAAAGGCAUAUCCUCCUGCACAGGCAACAGCAGUGAAUGCCCACCUCCCGAAAACGCCAAGGACGACACUGUGUGUGUCGACAAUGGCCUGUGUCGCAACGGAGAGUGCAACCCUUUCUGUGAGGCUGUGCAGAACCUUCGGUCCUGUGCCUGCAAUGAAACGGAGGAUUCCUGUAAAGUGUGCUGUAGGGGAAAAGAUGGCACCUGCGCUCCUUUCAUCCAGAGCAACGGCAGUCUCCUUUUCCUCCGCAAGGGAAAACCCUGCACUGUGGGCUUCUGUGACGAGGGCGGGAAGUGCAUGAAGCAGGUGCAGGACGUGAUCGAGCGCUUGUGGGAUUUUAUUGACAAACUGGACAUUAACACAUUCGGGAAGUUCCUGGCUGAUAACAUAGUGGGCUCUGUUGUGGUGUUUUCACUCAUCUUCUGGAUUCCUCUCAGUAUCCUGGUUCACUGUGUGGACAAACGACUUGACCAGCAGUAUGAGGAGAACGCAAAGUGCAUCUACUACCCUCAAAAUAAUCAAGAAAUGCUCGAGUCGGCGCCCGUGCGCAUCGUCAAGCCUCCUCAGCCUCACUCCUCCUACGCAGGCCGGACCGCGCCCUCCUCCCUGCCCCAGCAGUCUCAGCAGCUGAGCCAGGCCGGGGCAACUCCCGCGGGCAGCAGUACCCAGGACCCCGGCCCGAGCUACGCCCCCACCCCGGACAGCGCAGGGGGAUCGCGGAUGGCCACCAUCCAGGAGGACACCAGCAGCGACUCUCACCAGGGAGAGGAGGGCCUGUCGGAAGAUUUCACAACCGCAGGAGCCUGCUCGUCGGCUACGAAAUCCUCCUACGAGGAUCUGACAGAUCAGAGCCAGUCAGCCAAGGACAGACGGCGCCUCCAGAGGCAGGAUUGUUUUGACACCAAAGAGACAGAGUGCUGAGAAGGACUUUUUGUUAAAAACACGAAAACUAACGUGUUUGAGGGAACAUGCAGCAAUUUUUCUUGCCACAAAUCACAGACAGCAACUGUUAAGGUCACAGCGUUUCUUAUGUCAGAUAUUAGUGUUUAACAUUUCAGCUAAUUCUAGAUGUGGGUACUGUUUAGUGAGCUCUAAAUUUGUACCACCGUACAGAUGAUACAUGAUUUCUUGAAAGCGAGAUUGCAGUUAAAUUGAUAUGUGACUUCAUGUUUUCUUGUUGGUGAAACAAUGCUGUGCCUUUUUUCAGUUUGGUAGGUGGUUCUUGGCGAGCUGAAACCUGUGGAAGUGAAUCUAAGUUGCAGCUCCUUUGUGCUAGAUUUUUCGCGGACCAGUGCCCCAAACACACCAUAGAGUUAAAUUAUCUUAUUAUUGUUUCUAACGUGGUUUCUCACUAUACAAAUCAAAAAAAAGGUGAAAACUGUUUAAUGCCUCUGUCAUGUUGUGUCAAAAAAAAAUGGAUUUUUGUGGUUCUUAAGUAAUCAAAGCAUCAUGUUAAAAGCCUACAUCUUGCUCCCCUGCCCCAAAACACUUGCACAAAGUACAACAAAGUACUGUCUGUGAAGCAACAUGACCUCAGGUUUGCUCCAUUUUAAGUGAAAGAUGUUAAUAUAAUUAAUGCAGCUGCAGUUAUUUUCUGCAGGAAACAUUUCAGUGUGAGACAUUGACUCUUGGACACUGAUCAUGGAUGGCUGUUUUAUCCUGAAUUUUAAAAAUGUAUCGUAACUGCACUUGAAGUAUUGUUUGCAUCACUGGAGACAUGAAUUAUGUUUUAUAAAUGUAUUUACUGUGCUGUGGGCCAUCAAUAGUUGUUGUACUCAUAGUGUAACAUUUUGAUUCUGUGCAAGGAUUGGGCAGUAGACUCUGCAGUAUUAUGCUUAUUUUAUUUGACUCGUCGUUUGAACUUUAAGAAAGUUACUUAUGUUAGUCUCCUGUAGUGUGAUGCUUUAAUGAUUUAUCAUGUACACUCUUUGUGGUUGAUCCCUAACACUUUGGUGCCUUUUCUGAUUGUGCAUGGACUGUUUCUUUUUCUGUAAUGAGAGACAGGAAAAUUGAAGUACAUGCACGUGGAUCUGGACAGCCUGAGUUUAAUUUUAGAUGUCUAAAGUGCUCAGAUGUUAUUUUUUCCAACAUGCUGUUUGGUCUUCGGUCCUCGUGCCAAUUUGAGUCAUGCACCUCUUUCACUUACUUAUGCUGUCUCACCACUGUUGCCUGCUGUGUCACAUGUUUAAUUGCUUUAAAAAUGUAUUAA